AUGGCGUUAGUACAUCGGUAUCUCCUUGAAACCCUCGCCGGCCAACGCUUGACUAGGCGGAGCACCACCAAGAUGGUGGCGGCCGGCGCGUUCUACAAACCCAAAGAAAACCUUGCGAGGCCCCUCGGAGAAGACGCGCACUUCGUCUGCGCCAGCGCGCAGACCAUCGGCGUCGCUGACGGCGUCGGCGGGUGGUCCCAGAUCGGCAUUGACGCCGGCGAGUAUUCCCGAGCACUCAUGUCCAACGCCGAGAUUUCCGUCCGUUAUCAGGUAGAGAAUACCGGCAGCGUAAACCCCACGCGCGCCUUGCACGACGCGUUUUGUAACACGGUCGCGGAAGGCUCCUCGACGGCGUGUGUGUUGACGUUAGUUAACGGCUCCGUCGAGGCCGUUAACGUCGGAGACAGCGGGUUCGUCGUCGUACGCGGCGGCGCGGUGGUGUACAGGUCCCCAGUCCAGCAGCGGGAGUUCAACUUCCCGUAUCAACUGGGGACAACGUGCGAUAAUCCGUCGGUGGCGCAGAGUUUGACGGUCGGGGUGCGCCUCGGGGACGUGAUAGUGAUGGGAACUGACGGAUUGUUCGACAACGUGUACGAGAAGGAGCUGGAGAGGCUGGUGGACGAGGUUUGGUUCGUCGGCGGAGCGCCGCCGCCGCCGGGAAAGUUAGCCAGGAAGAUAGCGGCGUACGCUUAUGAGAAAGGGAGGAGUGAGGACGCGGAUACUCCGUUUGCGGUGGAGGCGUGGAGAGCCGGAAGGUUGCACGUCGGCGGCAAGUACGAUGAUGUAACUGUGGUUGUCGCAUACGUUGAAGAAGCGGAUCAACAUGAAGGGUUUUCAAGAAUCAUAUCAUAA